UCUUUACCUGCGAAUCUGACUUUUCUUACAAAAAAAAAAAAAAAAAAUAGAGAGAAAAAAUGGCGGAAGUGAACCAAGUGAUUGAUUGCCACACUGUUGAGGCUUGGACUCAGAACAUUGAAAAGGGAAAUGAGUCUAAGAAACUGGUGGUGGUGGAUUUCACAGCAUCAUGGUGUGGACCAUGCCGUUUCAUUGCCCCAAUUGUGGUAGAGAUGGCUAAGAAUGCUCCUAAUGUCAUAUUCUUGAAGGUUGAUGUAGAUGAAUUGAAGACUGUAGCUAAUGAAUGGGCUGUGGAGGCGAUACCAACCUUCUUGUUCUUGAAAGAAGGCAAAUUAGUGGACAAGGUUGUGGGUUCAAAGAAAGAGGAGUUGCAGAUGACUAUAGCAAAGCAUGCCACUACUGUUGAAUGAUAUGUAAUAUGGAGGAUAUAUAAACCCCACUACUGUUUUGAGUUUUUUCUAGUUUUCAUUGGAUAAUAAGAAUAGAGCGAUGGCUCUAGUAGUAGAUGUCUAAAAUGUGUGCUUGUAUGUAGCUACAAAAAUUAACAUU